AUGUCUGAGGAAGAAACUGAAGAGACACUACAAGCCUCGCUGAUAGAGGUAGAGUCCAAUAGUAUCUUCCUGUUUCAUGAGUCUAAAUUGAAUUCAGGCUCCUGGGAGGAUUCUUUACCUGCACUUGAUAUUAACAGUACUGAGCUAUCACCGCUCGGCGAUAGCAACAACGGCAGCACCACGACUACAACUACGGCACAAUUACAUCACAACGCCACUAGCACAUCAUUGCGUCGUCACGACCCGUUGAAUACAUCGCUCACGUCAUAUAACGGCUUACAUACGCUAUUGAAUUCCAACACUCUUGCAGCACCGCUGCAACAAUAUCAACAACAACAACAACAGCACCAUCAUCAUCAAAAGCCGAGUAAAAGCUGUGGCAGUCCGAGCAGCGUCGGCAAACCAACUAACGAGGCGGAAAACACCGCAGCCGCCUUAGUUGCAAAUACAAACAACACAAUUGCCGGCGGAAGUUUCACCACCAACGGCGGCUCAGCGGCCGUUGGUGUAAGCACCGCAACCGCAACCACAGAUAACGCAAACAACAGUCAAACAAACACAUCUAUAAAUUCAGCAUCAAAAAAGCGUCUCGAACAUAACGCCUCAACACGCUCCGUUCAAUCCGAGGACAGUUGGUGUUCAGAACAAUCGAUAGAUCAAGAACCGAACGCCAAUAGCGCACUAACAGCUUCUGACGAAGAAGCAGCUACGGAGGACGAACGGGAACGCAGCAGCGUGACGUCGUUGAGCGCAACCAAUCAACGCAAUUCACAAUUGCGUUCCACACUCAACAAGGCCAAGCAGCAUCUGUCUUUUGACAAAUGGCGCACGAGUUCCUCGAACAGUGGAAACGCUGCCAACAACACAUCCACGAAUUGCGCAACCAACUCGUCGGCGGGCAGCAACGGCGCCGCUGAUAGCAGUGGCAGUAGCACGCAAACACGUCGUGCUAGCGCCUGCACCAUGCCCACAGCACAUCAAAGCGCACGCGAGGACCUCACCACACCUGGUGAAACGCCAGGUGGCCGACUGUCACGCUGGUUCUCUAUACGACGCGGUUCAUCGCAUCAGUACGAUGUGGGUGGACGAGAUGGUCGCCAUUCGGCGGCCUCCAGCAUUGAUAUACCGGAUGCGGCAGCGCUGUCAGCUUGCGGCGAUUCUGCGCAUGCAUCACCACAAAAGCUGAGCACCAACAAAAUGCCUGGCGUACCAGAGAAUGACGACGAAGAGGCCGCUUUAACGGCAUCACGUUUCGAUUUAGAUCUAAUGUUGCCGCCGGGCAGUCGCGCCAAUGGCACAGGGAAUAAUGCGCAUACCCGCCUCAUCACACCCAUGCUACCACCUGCACCGCCAGGCCUAUCGCAGCAGCAACUGAAAAGGCGCCACAUCGUGGCUGCAAUUGUGCACAGCGAAAAUUCGUACGUGGCCACUUUGCAACGUCUAGUCAAUGAUUAUAAGAAACCUCUCGAAGAGAGCAACCCACCUGUGUUGAGCGCCUCCAAAAUAGCCACACUCUUUCACCGCCUACCUGAGAUUCUACAAUCGCACAAACUAUUCCGCAUCUCACUCGCCGAAUGCGUACGAAAUUGGGAUCGUGACGAACGCUUGGGCGAUUGUUUCGUGAAUGCCUUCAGCAAGCCGCGCAUACUCGAAAUCUACUCAGGCUUUAUAAAUAAUUUCUCAGCAGCCAUGGAACUCGCCAAAAUGGAGGAGAAACGUAAAUCUGCACUUGCUGACUUCUUCAAAGUGAAACAAAUCAGCGCUCACGAUCGUCUCUCGUUUUUCGGUUUGAUGGUGAAACCAGUGCAACGUUUCCCACAAUUCAUACUCUUCCUACAGGAUAUACUCAAGUAUACGCCACAAGGGCAUCACGAUCGUAUGUCAUUGCAAUUGGCAUUAACCCAACUGGAAUUGCUCGCCGAAAUGUUGAACGAACGCAAACGUGAAGCGGAACAAUAUCAGGGAUUUAAGGAGAUGUUGGGUCACAUCACCGGCACCUUCAAUGCACGCGCACUCACCUCAACGGAUGGCAAUCGACAACGUUACCUAUUACGCGAAGAUAAUGUCCAACAUGUGGAGUUCAAUCAAGCUGGACUUAUUGUGAAAUCGAAACAGCGUCGUUUAUUAUUGCUCAACGAUAAGGUCAUUUGUGUUUCGGUCGCACCGAAGCAAUCUCAUGAUUUUGGCGCUACGGAAAAGCUGAGUUUCAAGUGGAUGUAUCCAGUGGCCGAUGUGGAAAUUGUGGAUAAUAGUACUUCCGCGACGCUGUCGAGAAUUUUAACCGCUGGUCUCAAUCGCGGCGGAAGUCUGAAAUCCAACAGCAGCUCCUGCAACAACAGUCACACAAAUACACUACCAAUCAACUCUGCCUACUCACAUGGUGGUCACUCUCUCGACAGCUCACCAGCUGCACAACUCACGAAUGGCGCCGAUAAUCUCUGCUCUGAGAUGAGCACUCUAAUGUACGACUAUGAAGUAAUCUCACGCAUACACGAUCUCGUUAGCACACUGAAAGGCACCUAUAAAGAGCUCAACACGAAUACCACCCGCAAUGUGCUGAAUACCAUACAAGCCUCCAUUCAACGCAAAGAUGAGGAAAUGGCUUGGGUGGACUCAUGUUGCCUGCAAUUGAUAGCGCGCAACAAGUCCGGCAAAGAGGAGACCUACACAUUCCAAACACAGACGCCAAAUGUGAAAAAGGAAUGGAUAACGGAGCUACGUUUGGCACAAUUGGCAUUAGAUCCCAAUAAUUCGCCCGCCUGGGAAACGUCAACCACAUCAGAGCCAACCUCAUUUGGCAACAACUACGAACAACAGCAACAGGUAAUGCAACGGCAAUCAACCAAAAUGCCACUCUUCGUCAAGGCGAUACCAGUCUACAAAUCACAGCAUCAAACUGAGGUGCGCUGUGGAUGUUACUAUACGAUCGCUAAUGACUUGAAGCUUAGCGGCAACGCACGCCGACGUCACAAACAACAGAAUUACCUGUGGGUGUGCACCAGCGAUGGUACAUCCUCUCACAUAGCAGUGCUGUCGCAGCAUCACCAACAAGCCGGCAAUCUGCGUGAUGUUGGCUCUUUCGACUUGGUCGAGACUCAGGUUAACGCCAUGGAAUUUGUUAAGGGAUUGGAUAGCGGGAAGAAACGCGAGGAGCAUAGCAAUCUGCUUGGCGAUCUAGUGUGGAUGGGCACAGAUAGCCGUAAGAUAUUAAUUUACUCAGCACAAAACCCCGAGCAGGAGGAGCAGCUGGGCUGCAGCACCGUACCUGGCGCCGUAACUCGAAUACUCUAUCACUUCGAUGUCGUUUACGUGGCGCUCUCCAAUGCCAUAAUGCUGAUCUAUCGUCGAUCCUACGAUGGCGUGUGGAUGCUGAAGGACCCGCAGGUGGUGCAGUUAGGCGAAUCAGGUCUGCCAGUGCCAAGUCUAUUGCCAAUCAACAUGAAUAUUUACGCAUCAUGCGCGAAUCGUGUCUAUGUACUCAAUGCGCUAAAUGGUGAGAUACAGAAGAGUUUUGAAGUGCAACACGGCGCCAACCAACAGGUCAAUUUGAUGGCGCAUUCCGGUAUUGGACUUUGGAUUUCCCUAAAGAAUUCGACUGUUUUAUGUUUGUAUCACACGGAGACCUUUAAGCAUUUGCAGGAUAUCAACAUUGCUUCGAGUGUGCUACGCAGUGAUGGCAAGAAGGAGCACGCCGUCAACAACAGUUCCAUCUAUGUAACCGCGCUCAUGGCCUGUAAAGGCUUACUAUGGGUGGGCACAAAUGUGGGCAUUGCAGUGACCAUACCGCUGCCGCGUCUAGAAGGUGUGCCAAUCAUCAGUGGUGGCAUCAAUAUGUCGUGCCACGCACACUUUGGACCGAUCACCUUCUUACUUCCGCUGAUACCGCGUGUCUAUCCAAGUUACAAACAACCACCGACCCAAACGCUGCCUGUCGCCUUUUGUGCGGAGCCCACGGUUACGGUACCUAGCAUGGGUGACGAUCUCCAAUUGCCCGCAAUAGAUGCCGAUCCCAAGAAGCUUACCGAAUCCGAUCUCGACGAGUCGACAGUAAUACUACGCCGUGACCUACCAAAGGAUGAACCACUCUCGGGCACUGCUUCGCCCUCAGCUUCGAUGUUGCGCGAGCUGAGUGUGGAUGGCGACUCAAAUGCGUCUUCGCCACGUUGCUCCAAAUUGGACAAGCAAAAUUCGUUUGAUCAAUCGUUGUCGAAAAUACGCGUUUCACUGGUAAACUCACCCGCUUUCCACCGCAAACGUUUCCGCGACCUUUCCGCCGACUCGGCACGCAUGGCCAAAACGCUGCCUCGCGGUUUCAAUACGAGCAUGCACUCCAAUACCAGCACACUCAAUCACGGCGAGCAUGGCUGUUGCGACGUUUACGGACUUUAUGGUAAACUAAUUUUCGUGAAAGAGGACUACGAUGCCGAGGAGGGCACACAGGGUAAUCUCAUGGAUAUGAUGUACGAGGGCAUGCGCCGCUCCGAUCCCGAACUGGCCGCCAUACCGGGCAAGGUGAGCACGCUCGAUCGCCGCCUACGCAUGAAGGCGUCACGACCACGUUCACUCGACCUCUCCAACUGGUCGGUGGACUCAAAAUCUUCCAGCCUGUACACUUCCUCGGGCAGCGAAGAAAGCAUGGGCAUACGUCUCUUCGGCGGACGUUCCGUAUCACGCAAUAGCAGCAGCGCUAGUCACAAAACCUCAGGCAAUGGCAGUGAUUUGGGCAACAUAUCCGAGAACGGACUGAUGACCACCGCCGAAAUACACCAACAUCAUAGCACUCCCAAAUCGGAGGAUGGCCUCAAAUUGUUAGAAAUCAAGCAAGCAAAGAACACUGGCACAAGCGCCGCUGGCGCAUGCACUCCACCACCUGCCGCCGCUGUGGCGACACUAAAGCGCAAACAAAAGCAAACAAACAAACAACAACAACAGCAAAAUGCUGAUGGACCACGCACAAUAAUCACGCUAAUGGGUGGACGCGGCUACUGGCGACACGUCUGGUACAAUAACGCACACUCACCGAGCAGCGGCAGCAAAUCGGCCACGCUUAGCAGCGGCGCCUCAACACCGCUAAUAGCGAACUCAAACGAUGCGCACAUCGUGGUGUGGGAGAAAAAGUUAUAAUCGCAGGA